UGGGGGAGGCCGAGCGAUUGCCGAGUACCUCCGAGUGGGACACGGAAAUACCCGAAGUGGUGAGAUCCGCGCGGGAGCCAGACGGAAAAGCCCGAAGGGGACCGGAAAUGCCCGAGGCCGAUCGGCUGAGGAGGAGACCGUUGCCGGAAAUUGUCGAGGAUUCCCGGGGACUACCGAGUCCGAUCCAGAGCGGAGUUUUCCCCUCUCGGCCACGCCUUCACUCACGCACGCCACGCCCAAUCGGCCACCCUAGGCUGAGCCACGCCCAAUCGGCGACAGCGGGUUGGGCGUGGCUUACCGGAGCGGGCGGGGAGCGUUACGUGGCCGGACUACCGCCUCCACUCGCCACUGAACCUCUCCGGAUCAAUUGAGGCGCGGUAGUUUGAGGAGAGGGUAAAACACGAGAGUUUGGGGCUGACUUUAGUUAAUCAAGAAGUAUUUGUUGAGUUUAGCUCAUUCAUCAUUCCAGAAGUACCUAUUCAGGGCUCAAGGAAAAUAGGAAAUUUGGAAGGAUUGCCAGGCUUCAAAGACUGUUUAAUUUACAGGGUCCAUGAUACAAACCUAAGAGGGUAGAGGGAUGGUCACAUGAAGCACAUAGCAAGAAAGUAGCCAUCUACAAGCCCGGAAGAGAGCUCUCAUCAGAAACCAAAUUUGCUAGCACCUUGAUCAUGGACUUCUAGCCUCCAGAACUCUCCCACCUCCACUGAAGAUCCCAGGAAGACAACAUGCCUCCCAAGAAGCCUGAGCCUAAGAAGGAAGCAGCCAAGGCCGCCCCAGCCCCAGCCCCUGCCCCAGCUCCUGAACCCCCCAAGGAACCUGCCUUUGACCCCAAGAGUGUAAAGAUAGACUUCACUGCUGACCAGAUCGAAGAGUUCAAAGAGGCUUUCUCGUUGUUUGACCGGACGCCAACUGGGGAGAUGAAGAUUACCUACGGGCAGUGUGGGGACGUGCUGCGGGCCCUGGGCCAGAACCCUACCAACGCCGAGGUGCUGCGUGUCCUGGGCAAGCCUAAGCCUGAAGAGAUGAAUGCCAAGAUGCUGGACUUUGAGACGUUCCUGCCCAUCCUGCAGCACAUCUCCCGCAACAAGGAGCAGGGCACCUAUGAGGACUUUGUGGAGGGGCUGCGCGUUUUCGACAAGGAGAGCAAUGGCACCGUCAUGGGUGCCGAGCUUCGCCAUGUCCUUGCCACCCUGGGAGAGAAGAUGACCGAGGCUGAAGUGGAACAGCUGUUGGCUGGGCAAGAGGAUGCCAAUGGCUGCAUCAAUUACGAAGCCUUUGUCAAACACAUAAUGUCUGGGUGAAGCAGACCCGUCUAGGGUGCCUGGCCCUUGGCCUUAGCCUUUCUGGGGUGAGUUAAGCAAGAGGCCCAGAGUGACUGAGCUGGAACUGGGGUCCUGGACUUAACCGCUGUGCCACAGCCCCAAGGACUCCCUGUAAAUAAACAGUUUGAGCAAGCCUGGGCCAAAUUCUCUGAUUCCAA